AUGUCAUCUACUCAACAUCAUUGUGCUGCUUGCCAUAUGCUUGCACAUAGCAGAAGUACUUAUAAGCAAUGUCUCAUGAACCCAAAGAACAUUUCUCUCCACAUUCCUCAAAAGAGAACUAAUGUAGAUGAAUAUCCUGCAGAAAGUAGCCAAACUGCUGCCUUGAGAAUAAGAAGUGAGCCUGUCCAAGACCAAAAUUUGGACAUAGAAACAUCGACUUCUAUUUCAGUUUCUGAGUUGACUGAAUUUUCACUCGCAAAUGAGACUAUUACUGAAGUUCUUGAAGCAGUCAUGGAAGAAGAGAUUGAGGAGACUUUAUCCGAUGAAGAAGUGACUGGAAGAGAAGAAGAAGUCGAGGAGAUUUUAACUGUGAAUAGAGGAUCAAUUUCACUCCAUUGUUCUCACUGUAACGGAACUGAUCAUAGCCAAAUUAUAAGCAGAUUUUGUCCAAACAAUAACAGUAGCAGAGCAAGAGGAUCUAGAAAUCGAGGCAGAGACUUGAAUAAUAUUGUCCAACUUCCAGCUAUUUAA